CUCUUUCUUCUCCUCUCUCAUCCCGUUAUCUACUAAUGAACCCCAUUUCUCCAUCAAUAGCUUCUCCAAAACCCUAAAAAUUUUAUCUUAACUAAAUCCAUCAUUCUCCAUUUGUAAAGCUGAAGUACAAACCUUAGGGUUUAUUUGUUUUGCCCUUUUUUCUAUCAUUUUUUAGAGGAAGAAGAAGAAGAACGAAAUCCCAAUUUAAAUUGGGAAAAUUGGGUUUAUUUAAAAAAGUAGGUAGAAAUGAUGGGGGGUAAUUCGAAUGUAUUUGCGGCGCUUGAUAGUUUAAGGAAGAAGAAGAAGUCUUCUGAUAAAGAAUCUAAGAGUAGUAAAGGUUCGUCAUCGAAGAAAGAACAGGAGCCGGAAGUUUUGUGGGCUCCAGCGCCGUUGACUGUGAAAUCUUGGGCUGAUGUUGAUGACGAGGAUGAUGAUGAUUACUAUGCUACUACUGCUCCUCUUCAGUCUUUUUUGGGUUCGAAUGAGUCUGAAAAGAAGCCUGAACCUGUUGAGGUUGAAUUGCAGGAAACAGAAAGCGAAGAAGACCUUCUUGAUGAUGAUGAAGAUGAAGAUGUGGAGGAGGACCAUGACCACGAACCUGAGGUUCCAGAACGUGCUGAGCCAGUGGACCAAAAGAUAGAAGCUCCGUCAGCUCCUAAAGAAGCGGAGAGACAGCUAUCAAAGAAAGAGAGAAGGAAAAAAGAGCUUGCUGAAUUGGAGGCACUUUUAGCUGAUUUUGGGGUUGCACAAAAUGAGAAAGGUCCAGACGAGUUACCUGAUGUUGCCAACGAGAAGAAAGAGUCUCAGCAAGGUGAGGAUGCGGAAAAGAAAAAUGGGGUGGUUACAGAGCCUAAAAACGCAAAGAAGAAGAAAAAGAAGGAUAAAGCAUCCAAGGAGGUGAAGGAAUCAGAGGAUCAGCCCAACAGCUCAGAUGCCACUAUUGGUCCAGAGGAAACUGGAGGAGGAGCUCAACAAGUAGAAGAUGCAUCAACAGUAGAUGUGAAGGAGAAGCUGAAAAGGGUAGCUUCAGCAAAGAAAAAGAAAUCCAGUAAAGAGACAGAUGGUGCUGCUAGAGCUGCCGCGAUAGAGGCUGCUGCAAGGAGUGCCAAGCUUGCUGCAGCAAAGAAGAAAGAGAAGAAUCAUUACAACCAGCAGCCCAUGCGAUAAAUUCUACCCCAGCGUGGAAUGAUUAGCAUCAAUGGUCCGAGUUCCAAACAGUUUGGUACACUAUAUUGUUUUUGGCUGAUGCAGAAUAAGAUAAGGGCUCUAGUUUUGGUCUUUAGGGCACAUCAAAUUAUGGAUUAGUUUUUGGACCUUAGGCUAGAAAGUAAAAAGAAAUGAGGAAAAAGUAAAAGAAAGAAGUGUUUGGCUGGACAAUUUUGCUGUGUGAUAAUUCGUAUUUGGAUCCAGAAAGUAAGCUUAUGUGUAGAAGUGUCUGUUGAACUAAGGUUUUGAUGGAAUGAAUUCGGAUUGAGAACUAUUGUUUUUUUCUAUUUGAAUGGAGCAUAAUCUUCGCUUGUUAA